AUGGGGGGUAAAGCUCCUAUCUCAAUCCUAACGGAUCAAGAUCCGACGAUUAGGAAAGCUGUAAACUUGACUAUGCCUGAGAGUUGCCAUGGGUGGUGGAUAUGGCACAUACUUCAGAAGUUUAGGAGGUAUGUGGGUAAGCAUGAGGACUAUGAAGCUGUAAAGGACAAGUUUGAAAAUAUCAUUUAUGGUAGUUUAGAUGCUGAUGAAUUUAUAAGGGCCGAUUCAGAAAGAAUUGUGGACUCCAACACACUACGGUGCAUGAGGCAUUUAGCUACCGAUUUCCCAGCAGAGGAAGUGUUCUAG